CACCACCCCUCCCCUCACAAAAGAGCUGGGACCUCCGGAGUGUGGACUUGGUAACCAAGCAUUGGAGAAAUACCACAGAGAAAAAUGCCUAUUGAAUCCCCAGGGGGGCCAACAUUUUUUGAAAUUUUUAAGACACAAUGCAGCAAAGCAGAUUUAGGACCCAUAAGCCUUAAUUGGUUUGAAGAACUUUCUUCAGAAGCUCCACCCUAUAAUUCUGAAUAUGCAGAUGAAUCUGAAUAUAAAAUCAACAGUUAUGAACCAAACUCAUUUAAAACACCACAAAGGAAACCUUUUUAUCAGUUGGCUUCAACCCCAAUAGCAUUCAAAGAACAAGGUCAAACCCUGAGAGUACAGCCAUCUCCUUUAAAAGAAUUAGGAAAGGAUAUUGCCAAUAAUGAACAUAAAAAUUGCCACACUAAAGUGGAACACAUAAUUGAUGUUACCAGUCCAUCUCUUAAUUCCUGUCUCAGUGAAAGUCCUCUUGCUCUACGAUGUACACUUGUCACACCACAGAGAGAAAAGUCAGUGGUAUGUGGGAGUUUACUUUAUACACCAAAGCUUGUGAAGGAUAAGAAGCCAAAACACAUUUCUGAAAGUCUAGGAGUUGAAGUAGAUCCUGAUAUGUCUUGGUCAAGUUCUUUAGCUACACCACCAACCCUUAGUUCUACUGUGCUCAUAGUUAGAGAUGAGGAAACAUCUGGAACUAUAUUUCCUAAUGAUCCAACUGUUAUUUUGAAAAACUAUUUUUCCAAACACAAGGAAAGUCUGAAGAAAAAUUAUCAUUUCAUUCCAUCUGUAACCAAUAGUGAAAACAAAAAUCAAAGAGAAGCUAGCAGUCAUGGAUUUGGGAAAGUGUUAGAGAAUUCAUUUGGUAAAGUCAGUAGUGACAAAGGUGACUUUAGAACAUCAAUGACAGAUACCCAAGAAGAUGAAGUACAUGAAACAGUUGCAGAUUUUUCUGAAGAAGAUAGUUUUUCAUUAUGUUUUUCUAAAAAGAGGACAGGAACUCUACAAAAGACAAGAUUGGAUAAGACUAGAAAAAAAAUUUUCUGUGAAACAAGCACUGAUGAAUUCAGUGAAAAGGAUAAACAAGUUAAAGAAGAUAAAUAUUCAUUUGCAUCUGAAGUGGAACCCAGUGAUGAUGAUCCUUUAGAUACGAACUUAGGAAAUCAGAAUCCCUUUGGCCAUGAAAGUAACAAAACCUCCAAGGAGGCUGUACCAAUUUCAGACUGUGAAUGGUCACAGCUAAACCUCUCAGGCCUGAAUGAAACCCAGAUGGAAAAAAUGCCUCUAUUGCCUAUUUCUUCUUAUGACCAAGGUAAUUCAGAAAAUAACUUAAUAGACACUGAGAAAGAAUGUAUGACGUCUAUUAAUACAGAAAAUUCUUUGCUGCAUAUUUCUAGUCUUCCGCAAUCAGAAGAGAUAUUACAAGAGGAAACACUGAUAGAUAAGAGAGAUGAAGAGCAACAGCUUGAAUCUCAUGAAGAUUCCUUUCUUGUAGCAAAGCAAAUGGUGCCUGGAACUUCCCAAACAGUUUCUCCAUUUCCAAGUAUCAAAAAAUCUUUAUUCAGGGUAAGACAGCCAUCUGAAGAGACUUCUGAUGAAGUUUUCUCAGGUAAUCUGACCAAAACAAACUUUAAGGAAGAAAGUGGAACACUUGAAAGUGGAAUGGAAAUACGUGCUAUUUGCUCCCAGAAGGCAGAUUCUUUAUUUCCUAGCUCACUUGAUAGUGAAAACCACCCAGCCACUAGCACUCAUACUUCUGUCACUUUGAAAAUUGAGGGUUUAAUAUCCAGUUUGAAAAAGAAGAAGAAAAAGUUUAUUUAUGCUAUAGAUGAUGAAACAUCUUGUCAAGUAAAAAAAUCACAAAAAUUGCAGAAGUCAGAACCAACAAACCAUUCAUCCCAGUGUGAAGCACCACUUAUAUUUACAGAUGCUCACUCAGGUUCAUCGCAUUCUUCUAUUAGAAGAAACUGUUUACAGAGUGAGGCCAAAGAACCAACCAACUCUUUUAAGACAGUUCUGAGGAAAUAUUCUGACAAUGAAAAUAGUUAUGCUAAUGUAAUAAUACCUGAGGAUCUUAAUUAUAAAGAAGCAAAAAUUAAAGAAAAGCCAGGAACUGAUUUUCUGCCAUGCUUUCAGGAAAGACAAUGUGAAGAUACUUCAAAAAGCCAAAAGGUUUCAUAUAUAAAAGAAAAGGUAUUGGUUGCAGCAUGCCAUUCUGUAAUACAGCCUGCAGAAAUGGAAUGUCAUGGUUUUCACUUUGAAUCACAGGGAAGUUUUUUAGAUGUUCUUCCUAACACCAGUACUCCUACUUCCAAAGGUCCUCUUUCAAAUCCAGUUGUGGUUUCUAGAGGAAAAGACUUAUAUGAAAUGCCAGAGAAAUUUAAGGUUAAGAAUUAUGAAACUGAUACUGAAUUAACUCAAAACAUUUCUUUGGAAAAAAAUCCAGAAAUAUAUGUUUUAAAUGGAAGUUUGAAAAAAGCUGAGAUUUUGCCACCUGAAAAUUGCAUAAAAAUAGCAUCACCUUCAGUGAAGUUGGAAUUUAAUCAAAAUAAAAAUCUAACAGUAAACCAAAAAGACCAAGAAGAAACCUCUUUAAUUUCAGAAAUAAGUGUCCAUCUAAAUUCUGAAGAAGGAAUUUUCCCAGGCAAUGAGAAUAACUUCAUUUCUCAAAGAACGAGGCAAAGAAACAGUCCUGUUUUAGGAACUACUGAGGAAGCAGACCUUAGUUGUAUAAAAGAACCCAUUUUUAAGAACUGUAUGAUGGUAAUUGAUACAGACAUAGAUGAUAAACAAGCAGCCCAUAUUUUGAUUACAGAAGGUUUUAGCUCAUCAGAUAAUAUCUAUGAUCUUACAGAAGAGAACAAAAAUAGUGCAAAGCAGAAUUUAAAAAGAACUCUCAGUCAAGAGUUAAAAUCAAAUUCUUCCUUGGAUAUAAAAGAUAUAAAAUCAAACCGAAAUAAUUAUUAUGAAGACAAAUGGUCAGGGCUCUUAAAUCCACUUACAGAUCAUAGUUUUAGAGGUGGCUUCAGGACAGCUUCGAAUAAAGAAAUAAAACUCUCUGAACAUAACAUUAAGAAGAGUAAAGUGCUCUUCAAAGAUAUUGAAGAAAAAUAUCCUACUAGUUUACCUUGUGUUGAAAUUGCAAAUACAAAUACCUUAACAUUAGAUCACCAAAAGAAGCUAAGCAGACUUAACAUAUCCAACUCAAAGUUAGUUAAUACUGUUUCUCCAUCUGUUCAGAGUGGUACAUUCAUUCCUGACUGUGAAAAUAAUCAUACAUCCCCUUUAAAGCAAGGUAUCAGUGCAAACCAUAAUUUAACACCUAGCCAAAGGGCAGAAGUUACAGAACUUUCUACUAUAUUAGAGGAAUCAGGGAGUCAAUUUGAAUUCACACAGUUUAGAAAACCGUGCCACAGAGCACAAAAUCUUACAUAUGAAGUGCCUGGAAACCAGAUGGCUGACUCUAAUCACACUUCUGAUGCUUCAUCUCAAGGUCAGGUAGAUAGAAGUGAGAAACUUAAAGAUGUUGCCGGAAUUAAACAGACCUCUGCUUGCUUACUGAAAAACUAUAACAAAAGUACAGGUGAAAGUGAAAAGGAGUUUCGAGGCUUUUAUUCUGCUCUUGGUACAAAACUCAGUGUUUCUACUGAAGCUCUGCAAAAAGCUUUGAAACUAUUCAGUGACAUUGACAUUAUUCACGAGGAGACUUCUGUAGAAGCAGAGCCAAGAUUUUCUUCCAGUAAUAGUCAUGAUUCUUUUGUUUCAGCACAUAAGAUAGAAAGUCACACCAAUAAUAAAAAUUUACAUGAGAAAAAUAGUAAAUGCCAACUCAUAUUACAAAAUAAUAUUGAAAUGACCCCUGGCAUUAUUUGUGAAGAAAAUACUGAAAAUUACAUGAGAGAUACUGGAAGUAAAUGUAACAGAUGUACUGAUAUGAGCAGAAGUAUUUGUAAAUUACAAGAAUCUGAUGGCACUGACUCAAGUAGGAAUGAUGAUAAAGUUUAUAUUCAUAAAGAUGAAAGUAAUUUGCAGUGUACUGAUAGGCAUAAUAUAUAUGUCAAAUCAGCUAGCCAGUUCACAAAAGAAGGAAACAUACAGACUAAAGAAUGCUUGUCAGACUUAACUUGUUUGGAAGUCAUGAAAGCUGAAGAAACAUGUCUUACCAAUUCCUCUAAUAAAGAACAAUUAACUGUAGGUAAGAAGGAGCAAAAUAUAAAAGAUUUUGAUAAAACCUUUCAGACUGUAAGUGGGAAAAAUAAUAGAGUCCCUGAAGAAUCUUCACGUGAAGUUUCAAAUUUCUUUGAUAAACACAUGGGAGAAACAAGUAACUUUUCAAAUUCCUUUAAUUCUGAAUUACUUUCUGGCAUCAUUAAGAGCAAAGUGGAUAUUUCAUGUCAUGGGGAAACAGACAUGACUGAAAACAAAAUAUCAGAAGAAGGUAUCCCAGUUGGUAAUGGAAAGCAACCAUCUGACUAUAAAAUGGGAAAGAUCAAAGAACAUACUCUCCUGGGUUUUCAUACUGCUAGUGGGAAAAAAGUAAAAAUUGCCAAGGAAUCUCUGGAAACAGUGAAAAAUCUUUUUCAUGAAAAAGAAGAUGUUGGUAAAAUCUCCAGUUUGGGUUAUCAAGAAACAAAGAUACUAAAGUACAGAGAAGACUCUAAAGAAAGGCUUGAUUUAACAUAUGAGAGAAUUGAAAUAACUGUCCCCAAAUGUGAAGAAAUGCAGAAUUCUGUAGAUGAUAAAAAGUUUGUUUAUAGGGAACCUAGGAUACUACCCAGGCUAAGCGAUAAUUUGUAUGAGCAAACUGAAAAUCUCAAAACCUCAAAGAAUAUUUCUUUGCAAGUUAAAGUACAUGAAAAUAUAGAGGAAGAAACAGAAAAAAGCUCUACAGCUUGUUGCACAAAUCAACCUACAGCUUUGGUGUUUUACACAGGACAUGGUAGAAAAAUUCCCGUGAGUCAGUCCUCACUGUCUAAAGCAAGACAAUGGCUUAGAGAAGAAUUGGAUGAUCAUCUAGAAGAAAUAAAUACUGCCAAAGUUGUACGUGCAAACAAGUACACUAAUGAUUAUGUAGGAAAAGUGUCAUAUGAAAAUAGUUUAAACCGUAUUGUAACUGAAAAUGACAAAAAUCAUCUCUCUGAAGAGCAAGAUUCAGCCUAUUUAAGUAACUGUAGUAUAUCUAAUAGCAGUUCAUACCAUUCUGACUUGUGUCAUUCCAGUGAUCUAUACUCAGGACAUUCUUCAAAAAAUAACAGUGUUUCUGGUAUUGAGGCAGUCAUAAAUGUCAAAGACAAGAAAAUCACUUGUUUUUCUGAAGUAGUAUCUGCUAUUAGAGAAGCAAAUAUACACUUGCAAACUGUAAAUGAAAAUACUUGUGCUCAGAAACUUGUGACUGACUCUUCACUGUGCAAAAAUAAAAAUCCAGCCAUGAAUUUGGCUACCCCUGAUCCAAAUAAUUUUGAGAUAGGGUCACCUACAUCCAGUACAGCUACUGGUAAAAUAGUCUGCAUUUCAAAUGAAAAAAUUAAAGUGGAAGAAGUAUUUACUGACAACUGCAAGAAUAUAGUCAAGCAAAGCACUGAGAAUAAACUAGAUACUUGCCAAACAAAAAUCGUGGCAGGUAAGGCAUUAGACGAUUCAAAGGCUGUUGUCAUUAAUAACUCUGCAGAUAAUGACUUCAUGGAUUCACAUAAGGCCUUUGCUGACAUUCAAAAUGAACGCAUUUUACACCAUAACCAGGAUACAUCUGGAUUGGAGAAAGCUUCUAAAGUAUCACCUUGUGUUUCAGAAAUUCCAGAGAAGUGUGAACUUAAUAUAGGGAUGUUUCCCCCAUCAGUCUCUUCUAAAAAUACUUUUGGGAUUUUUAGCACAGCAAGUGGAAAAUCUGUAGAAGUAUCAGAUGCUUCAUUACAAAAGGCAAGACGGGUGUUUGCUGAGAUAGAAGAUAAUACUAAGCAACUUGCUUCCACAGAAUCACUUAAAAAUAAUGAGCAUUCAGAGAGAUUUACAAGAGAAGAAAAGACUAUGGCGCAUUUUCCCCAGAAUGAACUGUCACCCCCCAAGUCCUUUUCCUAUAAUGUAAAUUCAGCUGCUUUUUCUGGAUUUAAUACAGCAAGUGGAAAACAAGUUGUGGUUUCAGCAAGUGCCUUACACAGAGUUAAGGGUAUGUUCGAGGAAUUCGACUUACUCAAAGCUGAACAUACCUUGCAGCAUUCACCUACAUCUGGACAAGAAGCAUCAAAAAUACUUCCUUGUACUGAUAAGAGAACCUCAGUACACACUAUAAAUUCCAAAAUGCAAAGGGCUAUUAAUAAUGAAUUUAAAUUAUUAUAUAACUUUAAUAUUGAAAGUGAUUCUUCAGAAAAUCAGGCUAUUAAAGUUUCUCCAUAUUUGUCUAAGAAAGACAAACAAUUGGCAGUACAAACCAGCCCAUCACUUGCUGAGAAUCUUUUGGGAAAAGAACAAGCUUUGCCUAAAAACAUAAAAAUGGAAGUUGGCAAGAAAUCUUUUUCUAAUGUUCCUGUGAAAACAAAUGCAGAAGAUUGUUCUACUUACUCCAGAGAUCCAGAAAACCAUUUUGAAACAGAAGCAGUAGAGAUUGCCAAAGCUUUUAUGGAAGAUGGUGAACUAACAGAUCAUGAACCAUCAGCAUGUGUCAAAAAGUCACUGUUUACAGGAUCCAAGAAUGAGGACAUUGUUUUGCUAAAUUCCAGAACUGGGAAAAGAAGAGGAAUUGCCCUUAACUGGUUUGAAGAACCUCCAAUCAAAAGAAACUUGUUAAGUGAAUUUGACAAGAUAAUGGAACGUGAAGAAAAAUCUCUAAAGGCUUUAAAAAGCACUCCAGAUGGCGUAAUGAAAGAUAGGAGAUUGUACAUGCGUCUACAGCCAAUUACCUCUGAACCCUUUGGCACAACUAAAGAACGGCAAGAAAUGCAGAAUCCGAAUGUUACUGCACCUGAUAAAGGAUUUCUGUCUAAACCUCAUCUUGACAAACACCUGGAAAAAUCUUCAAGCAAUUUACCAGAUUCAGAACAGUUGGUUCAUAAAAUUCCCAAUACAAGAAAUGAAACUAUGAGACAAUCAGUUACUACAGGCAAAUUGGCCAAAGUCUUUGUCCCACCUUUCAAAGUGAAAUCACAUCUUCACAAAGAUGAACAUCAUGUUAGCAAGCAUACUAAUUUUGAAGAAGAAAAACAAAAACAAAGAAAAAUAGAGGAAUGUGGUUCCAGUGAUUGCAAAAACAUUAACAGUGAGAUUCAUCAGUUUAGCAAAGACAGCUCCUGUCAAGAAGCAACUAUGAUUUUCACAAAGUGUAAAGAACCUUUAGAUUUAAUUACAAGCCUUCAGAAUGCCAGAGAUAAUCAGUCUGCACGAAUUAUGAACAAAGAAAGGCAACGUAUCUUUCCACAACCAGGCAGUCUGUAUCUUGCAAAAACAUCCUCCCUGCCUCGAAUCUCUCUGAAAGAAGCUGUAGGAAACCAAAUUCCCUCUGCAUAUUCUCAUAAGCAGCUUUAUAUGUAUGGCAUUUCGAAGCAUUGUAUAAAAAUAAACAGCAAAAAUGCUGAGUCUUUUCAGUUUCACACUGAGGAUUAUUUUAGUAAGGAAGAUUUACAUUCUGGAAAAGGAAUUCAGUUGGCUGAUGGAGGAUGGCUCAUACCGUCUGAGGAUGGAAAGGCUGGAAAAGAAGAAUUUUAUAGGGCUCUGUGUGAUACCCCUGGUGUGGAUCCAAAACUUAUUUCUAGAGCUUGGGCCUAUAAUCAUUACAGAUGGCUUAUAUGGAAGCUGGCAGCUAUGGAAUUUUCUUUUCCUAAGGAAUUUGCUAAUAGAUGCCUAAACCCAGAAAGGGUACUUCUUCAACUAAAGUACAGAUAUGACAUGGAAAUUGAUAGAAGCAAAAGGUCAGCCAUAAAAAAGAUCAUGGAAAGGGAUGAUACGCCUGCAAAGACACUGGUUCUCUGUGUUUCUGACAUCAUUUCAAGUACAUCUGAAACUUGUAGCAACAAAACUGAUGGUGCAGAUACCAAAAAUGUGGCCAUGCUCGAACUUACAGAUGGAUGGUAUUCUGUCAAGGCCCAGUUAGACCCUCCGCUCCUAGCUCUCUUAAAGAAUGGGAGAUUGGCUGUGGGACAUAAGAUCAUUACUCAUGGAGCAGAGCUGAUAGGCUCCCCUGAUGCCUGUGCACCUCUGGAAGCCCCAGAUUCUCUUAUGUUAAAGAUUUCAGCUAAUAGUACUCGGCCUGCCUGUUGGCACACCAAACUUGGAUUCUUUCCUGAUCCUAGACCUUUCCCUCUGCCCUUGUCAUCAUUAUUCAGUGAUGGAGGAAAUGUUGGUUGUGCUGAUGUCAUUGUUCAAAGAGUAUAUCCUAUACAGUGGAUGGAGAAGACACCAUCUGGAUUGUAUAUAUUUCGAAAUGAAAGAGAAGAAGAAAGGGAAGCAACAAAAUUUGCAGAGGCCCAACAAAAGAAACUAGAAGCUUUAUUCACUAAAAUUCAAACAGAAUUUGAAAAGCAUGAAGAAAACAUGACAAAACCAAGUAUGUCAUCACAUGCACUAACAAGGCAGCAAGUUCGUGCUCUUCAGGAUGGAGCAGAGCUUUAUGAAGCAGUAAGGAAUGCACCAGACCCAGAUUACCUUCAGAGUUACUUCAGUGAAGAGCAGUUAAGAGCCUUGAAUAAUCACAAACAAAUGUUGAAUGAUAAAAAACAAGCACAGAUCCAGUUGGAAUUCCAGAAGGCGAUGGAAUCUGCUGAAAAGGGGGAAGAACGUUUAUCAAGGGAUGUUACACCUGUGUGGAAGUUGUGUAUUGUAAGCUAUGGGGAAAAAGGAAGAGAUGCAGUUACCUUGAGCAUCUGGCGUCCAUCGUCAGCCGUACUGUCCCUGUUAACAGAGGGAAACAGAUACAGAAUCUAUCAUCUUGCAACAUCAAAAUCGAAAUGUAAAUCGGAAAGAGCCAACAUACAGUUGGCAGCAACAAAAAGAACUCAGUAUCAACAAUUACCAGCUUCAGAUGAAAUCUUAUUCCAGGUUUACCAGCCAAGAAAGCCCCUUCAGUUCAGCAGACUAUUAGAUCCAGACUUUCAGCCACCUUGCUCUGAAGUGGACCUAAUAGGGUUUGUAGUUUCUGUUGUGAAAAAAAUAGGUCUUGCUCCCUUGGUCUAUUUGUCAGAUGAAUACCAUAAUUUAUUGGCAAUAAAGUUUUGGAUAGAUCUUAAUGAAGAUGUUAUUAAGCCUCAUAUGUUAAUUGCUGCAAGCAAUCUCCAGUGGCGACCAGAAUCCAAAUCAGGAAUUCCUACAUUGUUUGCUGGAGAUCAUUCCAUGUUUUCUGCAAGUCCAAGAGAAAACCACUUUCAAGAGAGAUUCCACAAAAUGAAAAAUACUGUUGAGAAUAUUGAUGUACUUUGCAAUGAUGCAAAAAAGAAGCUUAUGUCUCUACUUAAUGCAAACUCUCCCAAGUGGUUCAACCCAACUAAAGACUACAAGUCAGAGCCCUGCCCGGCUUACUCAGCCCUUGGUGUAGACAAUGAAGUUCUGAAGUCUUCUCCUAGUAGCAAGCAAAAUUACCAGAGUCAUCUAUCACUUUGUACACCAAAAGAAAAGUGUUUGCCCAACCCUGUUUCUGCCCAGAUGAUCUCAGAAUCUUCACAUAAAGAGGAAAGAGAGAUUGAUGACCCCAAAACGUGCAAGAAGAGAAGAGCCUUGGAUUUCCUGACUCGACUGCCUUUACCUCCCCCUGUGAGUCCCAUUUGUACAUUUGUUUCUCCAGCUGCACAGAAGGCGUUUCAGCCACCACGGAGUUGUGGCACCAAGCACAGAACACCUACAAAGAGGAAAGAACUGAAUUUUCCUCAGGUGACUCCGCUUAAAAAGGUCAGUGAAAUUUCUUUUUUGGAACGUGACUCAAUAGCUGAUGAAGAGCUGGCAUUGUUAAGUACCCAGUCCCUUGUGUCUGAUUCCAUGGGAGAAAGCCACUUGCUCAUCAGGGAAUCCAAGAGGACUACUCCGUCUAGUACCCAAGAUCACCUUGGACAGAAAAAACAGCAGAUGAGUCCCUGAUGGGGGGACAAGGGAACCCCCAAGCUGGCACCAAAGAAUGUGAGAAAGUGACAAUAACUUGGUUUUUGUACAACAUAGACAGUUUCCAAGUGCACACAGUAUUUGUGUAACACGAAAAGGCUUGAAACAGUUUCAGAUUUACCUAAGUGUUGUAUAUCAUAGGGAUUCUUUGCUUUGUUCUAUACUGAUGUGUUUUUAUUUUAGUUGUCUACCAUACAAUUGACUAUUUACUAUCUACUCAAAAACUCUUGUUUAAAGUUUUUUUAUUAAAUCUGGUCACUACUAGUACUAUUUUACAAAUCAAAUAAACAUACCUUGUUCUUUCACAUUA